ACUCUACUGUAACAGCUGCAAAUAGGUUGGGAACAACCAAGCUAGGUUGGCAAGGGUGGCCAACUUGGAUGGAUUGGUUGGGAAGGGACAAAGGUCAAAGUUGAGGUUCCUAUAGGGAGGGAAUCUUUGUGCUUAUGGGGUUUCCUUGGUUGGGGACUCUCUUGAGACCUUCCCUCUCAUCCCUCUCUUCUAUCCCAACCUUUCUCUUGCUCCUCUAAUUCCUUGUGAGAUUCUUGAACUUUGAUUGAACUCUUGAGAUUGAGUUAAGUUCUCCUCCUACAGCUUACCCCCUAAUGCGUCGAAAGCCAUAGCGUCGCGAAUACUUUAUCAAUCAACGUGAUUCGAAUUGGGAACGGUAGCUGAGAUUAAGAGCUACAACAUAUCCGAGUUUCGCGACAUUCCAACGGCUAGUUUUUCGUCGACGUCGUUUCUUGUGAAGACGACUUUUCUGUCCAGAAUUUCGGAUUUAUAUUUUGAGUAUUUCUAGCUCCUAAGCACACCUAGACUCCGUCCUUAAUUCUAACAAGUGGUAUCAGAGCAAUAUUAAGGACAUUGAGAGGAGUCUACAGAAGUUUGAAGACCCUUCUAGACCCACCAUGGCCUGUGGGUGUGCCUAAGUGGUGUUCUAAAGGUUGGAUGUGUCUUCCGCUAAGGGGAAACUCUGCCGAAAUUUCGUGGACGCCGACACUUGUGAAAAUAUCGAGGGAGCUGAGUGUGGACAGCAAAGGGGAGCUGAAAUUCGUCAUUUCUCAAGGAGAAGAUGAAUGAGAGAGGAGGAGAUGCUAAUGGAAGAGGAGCUGUACCUGAGAAGCCAAGUGAGCCGCCGCCAUCAAAAGUUGAAGCUUUGGAUGGCUCCAACUAUGAGGAAUGGAGCGGGCGGAUGAGGAGUGCCUUCAAACGCUACAAGCUCCUGAAGAUUGCUGUUGGGGAGGAGAAGAUGCCGGAAGAAGGCGAAGCACGCGAACGGUGGAUUGAGAAAAGCGCGGUGCUUUUCGACCUCAUCCUUCAAUCGGUCAACAAGGAGAUGUUCGAGCACAUCAAGGAUCUUGUGGAAGCGGAUGAUUCGGGUCCAAGGGCGUGGAAACUACUACGCGAUGUGAUUCAGCCUAACACUCUCCCAAUGGUGAUCGUGCUCGAGAAGGAACUUGCUGCCAUCUCCAUGCGACCAGGGAAUGAUGUGAAGCCGGUCCUUGACAAGAUCAAGGACACCUAUGCAAGGAUGGCAGCAGCGGGCAGCAGUGUAUCUCAGCUGCAGCAGUGCACCAAGAUCAUCUCGGUGUUGGACAACUCUUGGGACAACCUCAUCCCCACCCUCAACUCUCAGCAAGAUCAAUGGACACCUGAGUGGCUAAGGCAGCAGAUUCUGCAGGAGGACUUCCGUAGACGCCAUGUGGGAGGCGGUGCUGCCACGAAGACUGCUGAGGGGUAUGGAGCUGCAGGGCGCGGCAAAGGAAGAGGGGGUUGGAGAGGCCGAGGCCGUGGGAGGAGCUUUGGCAGAGGUAGAGGCCGAGGUGCACAAGGUAAUGCCUAUCCUGGUUUGUUUGUUAUGGUUGAGGAUGUGCAUGGGCAUGAGGGUGAUGUGGGAUCUGUGGGAAAGGUUGUGAUGCACCCUAUCACGCACUGGGUGAUUGAUUCGGGUUGCACCAGUCACAUGACUCCACGGGCAGAUUUGCUUGAUGAGGUAAAACCCCCUGGGAAGAUUAAGUAUGUGGCAGCAGCGUUAGGUGCUUUGCUCCCCGUGAUUGGUGUUGGAAAUGCCAAGGUUAAGGGAGCUAAUGGGGAGCUUGUGGGGCUUGGGAAUGUUCUGCUGGUUGAAGGUUUGUCUGCUAACCUUCUCUCUGUGCGACGACUACAGAAGAGCAAGGCCGAAGUGACCUUUGGACCAACCAGCCGCCGUGCUAAGCGUGGGAAGAAGGUGCUGUGGAGUCUGGAAGAGGAGACCAGUUGCAUCAAGGACCUGUGGCAGCUGCCCAUCAUCCCUUGGAAUGGGAAGACUCCAACAGCAGCAACGGUAGCAGCGGCAAAGGCAACAGCAGGAGGAGAGGCAACUGCACCAACUGAUGGGGUCCUGGAAGCAGUCAAGAAAGUGCAGCAGCAGCAGACACAUGGUGAGGUGCUUGCUGGUGUGGAUACGAGUGCGGCAUGGGCUAAGGCUUCAUCAAGGAGUGGUGAGGCUGAUUGGGAGACAUGGCAUGAGAGGCUGUGUCAUGUGAACUUCCCUAUGCUGCAGAAAUUGGUGAAGGAUGGGAGCCUGAAGGGAUUGGAGGUCAACGGAGGAGUAAAGGAGAUUGGGAGCUGCCCUACAUGCUUGGAGACCAAGUUCUUCAAGUUCCCCUUCAACAGCACUACAAGACCAGCCAAGACCCCACUUGCACUUGUGCACAUGGAUGUGGUGGGGCCCACAAGAGCCCCUUCCCUCUCAGGCAGCCGCUAUUUCUUGACAAUUGUAGAUGACCACACUCGGGCAGUGUGGGUUUACCCUUUGAAGAGCAAGGGGGAGGUGGCAGCGGCUGUCCUUAAGGAGUGGAUGCCUAGAGCUCAGAGGGAAUGCGGACACAAGGUGAAGGUGAUCCGUAGUGACAAUGGUGGGGAGUUCAUUGGAGCUGAUUUUGAGGGGGAGUUGAAGAGGAAGGGGAUCCAGCAUCAACUGACAGUGCCCUACAACCCACAGCAGAAUGGCGUGGCUGAGAGGUUCAACAGGACCCUGCAGGAGGGGGCACGCACUCUCCUUGGGCGUGCAGGGCUGCCUGAUCCGUUUUGGGUGUCUGCACUGAGGCAGGUCGCCCUUGUGAAGAAUAGGGUGCUGGCUACAGUUGGGGAGAAGGAGUGGAUCCCAUACACCAAGUGGUAUGGGAGUGCUCCAGCUGUGAACAUGCUGAGGGCAUUUGGGUGCAUGGUGGUGUUUCAUGUGCCCAAGGAGAAAAGGGGGAAGUUGGAGGCUUCUGGAAGAUGGGGUGUGCACUUGGGGAUUGCAAAGGAUCACAAGGGGUGGCUGCUAUGGGACUUGACCACCCAGAAGUUGACAGUGUCAAGGGAUGUGAAGUUUCUUGAGUCCCUGUACUACAAGGAAUGGAAGCAGCAGCAACAGAAGCUUCCAUCUACACCGCUCAUUGUGGAGGCAGAUGAGGUGCAGCAGCCUUCGAGACAGGUGGAGGUUGCAGUGUCAGAGGAGGAGAUGUCUGGGGUGACUGAGGAAGGGGGAGCAGCUGAAGUGGAGCAGCAGCAGCAGCAGGAGCAGCAGCAGCAGCAUGAGUCUCCACCUCGAGUUCCACACCCGCCUGAGCGACCUAGGAGGGAUGUGCGCCCUCCGGUGAGGCUGACCUAUGGGGGAAGAGGCAAGCCAAAUGUGGUGCAGGCUGGGAGUGUGGUUGAGCAGAUUGAGGAAGAUGAGAUCGCUCACUGCUACUGGGCACCAAUCCCUGAGCCCAAGACUCGAGAGGAGGCCUUGAAUGGACCAAAUGGGGAGAAGUGGAAGGCGAGUGAGGAUGAGGAGUUCGGGUCCCUGAUUGAAAACGAGACAUGGGACCUGUGUGACUUGCCUCCUGGGAAGAAGGCAAUCACUUCCAAGAUGAUCUACAGGCACAAGUAUGGACCUGAAGGGGAGCUGACCCGCUACAAGUCUAGGCUUGUGGCACGGGGGUUUCAGCAGACAAAGGGGAAGGACUAUGAUGAGGUGUUUGCUCCUGUGGGGAAAGGAACAACACUGAGGGUGCUGUUGGCGAUAGCUGCACUCCUGGGAUGGAAGAUACGGCAGAUGGACAUUGUGACUGCCUUUCUGAAUGGGAUCAUUCUGGAGGAGGUGUACAUGAAGCAGCCAGAGGGGCUGGAUGAUGGGAGCGGCAGGGUCUGCAGGCUGAAGAAGGCCAUCUAUGGCCUUAAGCAGGCGCCUCGUGCAUGGUAUCACAAGUUGGAGGAGGCGCUAUUGGCUGGGGGUUUCAAGAAGAGUGAGUGUGACCCCAGCCUGUUCCUGCUGCAGGAGAAGGAUGAAAUCCUCAUGCUCUUGGUGUAUGUGGAUGAUAUCCUUCUCUUCUCUGCAUCAACUGCUUUGCUGGACAGCGCAGAGCAGAUGCUGGAGAUGCAGUUCAAGUGCUCCAAGAUGGGUGAGGUGAAGUACUACUUGGGGAUGCAUGUGGAGAGAGAUGUGGAGAAGGGUGUGCUGAGGUUGCACCAGAGGAAGUACUGUGAGGGGCUGGCUGAGAAGUAUGGGCUGCAAGAUGGGGGAAAGCCAGCAACACCACUAUCUUCAGGGUUUACUGUGGAGCCAUGUGCUGAUGAGGAGGUAGUGGGUGAGAGUGACAGGAAGCUGUUUCAUUCGAUGGUUGGGUCGCUGAAUUAUGCUGCAAAUCAUACACGGCCUGACAUUGCAUUUGCUACAUCACGACUGGCUAGCGUGGUUUCACGUCCUAGUCAUGAGCAGCUGGAAGCGGCCAAGAGGUUGGUCCGCUAUGUGAGUGCUACGGCAUCAGUGGGAUUGGAGUACAGUGGAGUGAGGCAGCGGUUGCAGAGAGGUGCUGCAGAUGUGAAGAGUGGAGAGAUGCUCUUGAGUUGCUAUACUGACGCUAGCUUCAACUCAGUGAAAGCGGAUGGCACCAGCAUUGGGGGUUAUGUGUGCUUGCUAGGAGGUGGUGCUGUGAGCUGGCGCAGCAAGAAGCAGAAUGAGGUGGGAUUGUCCUCAUGUGAGACUGAGUACAUGGCCUUACACCAUGGGGCCAAGGAAGUGGUGUGGCUGAGGCGCUUGUUGGAGGAGUUGGGAGUUGGUCAGGAGGAGCCGACAGUUGUGUUCUGUGACAAUGAGUCUGCUGUGAAGCUCGCCAAGAAUGCUUGUCUGCAUGGGCUUACAAAACACAUAAGGCCUAAGUGGCACUGGGUGAGGAGACUCCUUGAUAAGGAGGUGCGGCUGGAGAUCGUGAAAACCCAUCAGCAGGCAGCAGAUAUUUUCACCAAGCGUCUGGCGGAGGCGGAUCAUUGGAAGGGCAUGAAGCUUGCUGGGAUGAGUGUGCAUUGAGUAUGCAUGCUUGAGAUGUUGGUUUUUUGUGAUGAUAGAUCUUGAGAAGAUCUUUCCGACGCAACGAGAAUCCCUUCAAUCGGAGCAAGAACGCGAAAGCUAUGAAGAUUCAAAGUUCAUGAGCUUGCGUUACAAUUGCGGCGGUUACAAAGUGAAGUUGUGGGGUGACUCUAUAUGGAGUUGGGACCUUUGGGGUUGGGUAAACUUGUCACUCUACUGUAACAGCUGCAAAUAGGUUGGGAACAACCAAGCUAGGUUGGCAAGGGUGGCCAACUUGGAUGGAUUGGUUGGGAAGGGACAAAGGUCAAAGUUGAGGUUCCUAUAGGGAGGGAAUCUUUGUGCUUAUGGGGUUUCCUUGGUUGGGGACUCUCUUGAGACCUUCCCUCUCAUCCCUCUCUUCUAUCCCAACCUUUCUCUUGCUCCUCUAAUUCCUUGUGAGAUUCUUGAACUUUGAUUGAACUCUUGAGAUUGAGUUAAGUUCUCCUCCUACAGCUUACCCCCUAAUGCGUCGAAAGCCAUAGCGUCGCGAAUACUUUAUCAAUCAACGUGAUUCGAAUUGGGAACGGUAGCUGAGAUUAAGAGCUACAACAUAUCCGAGUUUCGCGACAUUCCAACGGCUAGUUUUUCGUCGACGUCGUUUCUUGUGAAGACGACUUUUCUGUCCAGAAUUUCGGAUUUAUAUUUUGAGUAUUUCUAGCUCCUAAGCACACCUAGACUCCGUC